UGCUGAGUCACAGUGACACCUCAUAUGGGGGAGGGGCAGCACCCGGUGUAUAAAUUCAGCCCGUGGGAGUCUCAUUCCCAGUCUCAUUCCCAGGACUAUGGCUGAACAGAGAGUUGUGGUGGUGUUUGGGGCCACAGGAGCUCAGGGGGGAUCAGUUGCUGCCGCCCUGCUGGCCGAUGGCAGUUACACAGUGAGGGCAAUAACAAGGGACAUGAAGAAAGCAGCGGCCGUUCAGCUAAAGUCAGCCGGAGCCCAGGUGGUGUGUGCCGAUCUGGACAAUGAGACCAGCCUGGAGUCGGCACUGACCGGGGCACAUUCUGCCUUUGUUCUCACCAAUUUCUGGGAACAUUUUAACAAAGACAAAGAGAUUGAGCAGGGGAAACGGAUCGCAGAUAUGAGCAAACGCCUGGGCCUGAAGCACGUGGUCUUUAGUGGGCUGGAGAAUGUGAAGAAGCUGACGGGGGGAAAGCUGGAGGUGCUGCACUGUGAUGGCAAAGGAGAGGUGGAGGAGUACUUCCGAGCUAUCGGGGUCCCCAUGACCAGCGUCAGACUCCCCAGCUACUUUGAAAACCUGCUGACCUUCUUCAGGCCAACAAAAGCGAGUGAUGGGGAGUCCUACAAUCUUGCCAUCCCUAUGGGAGACAUCUUGCAGGAUGGGAUGUCCGUGGCAGAUCUGGGGCCAGUGGUUGCCAGUAUCCUGAAGUGCCCAGCCAAGUACAUAGGGAAGGACAUUGGGCUCAGCACAGACAAGCUGACGGUGGCUCAGUACGCUGACAUCAUGUCCAAGGUCACUGGCAAAACCAUCAAAGAUGCCAAGAUCUCCCUAGAAGCCUUCAGGAACUUGGGGUUCCCUGGAGCACAAGAACUGGGCAAUAUGUUUGAGUUCUACCAGAUGAAACCAGACCGGAAUGUGGAUCUCACACUUGAGCUCAACCCCAAAGCCAAGAAGUUCUCCGAGUGGAUGCAGCAGAACAAGGAUGGGUAUAAAGACCUGUAGGAAAGGACUUGGUUGCCUUCUCCAGCAGAUUCUCUUGGGGUUUCAUGCAUUCAUGGCAUGAGAGAGUCCCACUUACUAUCAAGCUUUGUGUUCUGUAGGUUCUGCUUAACCUGGACUUUGUGAUCUGAACCACUAAAUUAUGUGACAGACCCAGAACUAACCCCUUUUGUAUUAAUAAAACGAUUAUCCAUCCAUGUUA